AUGGCGGUAGUCGAGUCGGCUGCGACUGUGACGCUGGACGAGCGGCUCGUGGCGGACGAGCCCUCGGUGGUGGUCUCUUCGCUGCAGCGGCGGCGCGCGUCGGAGGAGGUGAUAGCCGCUGUCGACCGCAUCGGCGAGCUGACGCGACAGCGCGCGGCGCUGGUGGAGGAGGGGAACGCGGCGCGGGCGGAGCGGAAGGCGCUCUCGCCAAAGAUUGGCACGCUGCUCAAGGCGGGCGACGAGGCGGGCGCGGCGGCGCUCAAGGAGGACGUCGCCAAGGCGUCCGAGGUGGCUGGCGCGGCGGACGCAAAGGUGGAGGAGGUGGAGGCGGAGCGAGGGCGGCUGUUUGCGACGCUGCCCAACCUGCUCGACAGCCGGACGCCGGACGGGGCGGACGAGGAGGCGAACGUGAUCCUCUCCGAGUGGGCGCCGGACGGGUACGGCGAGCUUCGCGAUGGGCUCACCUGGCACGACGAGCUCGCGACUGCGCUCGGCGGCCUGGACCUCGAGGCUGCCCCUCCCGCCCAGGCGGCGGCCAAGCUGUCCGGCUCGCGCUUCGCGGUGCUGCGGGGCGGCGUCGCGCGGAUGGAGCGAGCACUCGCCUCUCUCUUCCUCGACCUGCACACGGGCGAGCGAGACAACCACCACCACCCUCCUGGCACCUGCGAGACACGCGAGCACGGGUAUGUCGAGACGUCUGUCCCGCUGCUGGUGGGCGCCGAGGCGCUGCAGGGCACCGGCCAGCUGCCAAAGUUCCAAGAGGACUUAGCCUCGACAAGCCUUCCGUUCCCGGAGCCUUCCGGGAGCCCUCCCCCGCAGGUGCCGCUCACCAACUUGCACGCAGGAGAGAUCCUCGACGAGGCUGCCCUCCCGAUCUCGUACGUCGGCGCCACGCCCUGCUUCCGCGCAGAGGCGGGCUCUGCCGGCCGCGACACGCGCGGCCUCUUCCGCCAGCACCAGUUCCUCAAGGUCGAGCUGGUCAAGAUCUGCACGCCCGAGCAGUCCGACGCGCAGCACCAAGCGCUCGUCGAGCACGCCGAGCGCUGCCUGCGCGCGCUGCAGCUGCCGUACCGCAAGGUGCUGCUCUGCGCUGGGGAUAUUGGCUUCUCCGCCCGCCUCUGCUACGACCUCGAGGUCUGGCUGCCGGGCCAGGGCCGGUACCGCGAGAUCUCCUCUUGCUCCAACUGCGGCUCCUUCCAGGCGCGCCGGAUGGGACUCCGGUACCGCCCCGCGCCCGACGGCUCCGGCAAGAAGCGCAAGCCCGAGUUUUGCCACACUCUCAACGGCUCCGGCCUCGCGGUCGGCCGCGCGCUCGUCGCCGUCCUCGAAAACUACCAGAACGCGGACGGCUCCGUCACGGUGCCCGAGGCGCUCCGGCCAUACAUGGGAGGGCUCGAGGUGAUCUCGGCGGAGUGA